UUUGCAAGUUAUUUAUAUUAGGCGUGCAAGAAUUGUUUGUUUACCGGAAAACAGAAUUUCGUUUUGCAAAAAUAUCGCGGUCAAUUAAACCCGCAAAAUAGUAUAAUUCUGAUUGAAAUCUAUCUUUCGAACAUAUGCGCAUUUCAUUUCGCUAAAAACGAUGUCGGGAUUAGAGUCUUACGUAAAUAGCACAGUGUCAAUAAUCACGGCCGACGGACGCAACUUUGUCGGCACGCUGAAGGGCUUCGAUCAAACGAUUAAUCUCAUCUUGGACGAAUCGCACGAAAGAGUUUAUUCGAUGACCGCUGGGAUCGAGCAAGUCGUUCUUGGACUUCAUAUCAUUCGUGGAGAUAAUGUAGCCGUUGUUGGCCAGCUAGACGAGAGUAUAGAUAGUAAGCUAGAUUUUUCAACCAUCCAUGGGCUGCCGUUGGAUCCGGUUACACAUUAGUUUUUAACAACCAAACCUUUUGGAAGGUUCCCUUAACUAAAUUUAUUUUUAAAUAAAGUUGUAAUAAAGAUGUU